CGCAGCCCAGUAGGCCAUCGUUCACUGUUCGCACACACGGGACACGGCACGCCGCAGGCCGCAGCGCGCGCGAGAGGGAGCCGGAGCCGGCUGCCUGCUUGAACGCCUGGUAACACGGCCUCUCGCUUCCCCUCCCAAACUUUCCCUACCCCGACCGCCGAUCCUCCUCGCCUUGACGUCCAAGAGCCCCGGUCCGAUGGGUCGUCCGCCGAGCGCCGGUGCUCCGGCGUUCCGCUUCCUCCCGUCCGAGGUGGCGGAGAUGGAGGCGCGCCUGCUGCAGCUCAACAACGGCAUCCCCACCCGCGCCGUGCUGCAGACCCUCGCGGAUAAGUUCUCCGCUUCGCCCGAGCGCGCUGGCAAGGUGGCCAUCCAGCCCAAGCAGGUGUGGAACUGGUUUCAGAACAGACGGUACUCACACCGGGCCAAAACUCCCAGGGCCGCGUCGUCACCGCCGGCUAAGAUGACGCCCUCGGGAGCUGAUCACCACCAGCAUGCCGCUAACGCCUCCGCCUUCAGGGCUGCUCAGCUCUCUUCUGUUGCUGCUGCGCACCACGGUUCCUCCUCUACAGGGAAGAAUCCUGUGGAAAGUGUCUCAGUUGAGUUUGAGGCCAAGUCAGCUCGUGAUGGUGCAUGGUAUGAUGUUGCUGCCUUUCUUUCACAUAGGUUGUUUGAAUCCGGUGACCCGGAGGUGCGGGUUCGUUUUUCUGGAUUUGGGGCAGAGGAGGAUGAAUGGAUCAAUGUUCGCAAAUGUGUGCGACAACGUUCUCUUCCAUGCGAGGCCACAGAAUGUGUUGCUGUGCUUCCUGGGGACCUGAUUCUUUGUUUUCAGGAAGGUAAAGAUCAGGCUCUCUAUUAUGAUGCUCAUGUCCUUGAUGCUCAAAGGAGAAGGCAUGACGUUAGAGGUUGCCGUUGUAGAUUUCUUGUUCGCUACGACCAUGAUUCUUCUGAGGAAAUUGUUCCACUGAGGAAGGUGUGCCGCCGACCGGAAACUGACUACAGGCUUCAGAUUCUGCAUGCUGCUAGAGCGGCAGCCACUAAUGCAGAUGUUCACACUCCACCCAAAGAGGUUAAGGUGGAGUUGGCGUCCACUGAUAAGAGCCCAGCCGAGCAGAAACCCCAUAAGCAGCACAAGAUGAUGGACGUGAACACUGAUGAGGUGACCAUGGUCUCCACCUUGGAGCAAGAUGAGACACCAGGCAAGACUGUAGCCCCCGUACCGUCAGCAACUGCAGAAACCCGCAAUUCAAGUUCGGACACAGUGAUGAAAGGUGCUGAGGCUUCCUCGGUCGUUGAAGAUGACGAUGAAGUGCAGGCAGUUGACAAGAUGAAAGAGGGGUAGGGUUUUUUUUUUCUGUCACCUUUUGUUAUCUAGGUCAGUGCCUGUCUUAAUUACCAUGUAGCAUCUUAAUGGCCUCAGAAGCUUGUUUGAAGGCCUAUGUGAGCCUUUGCCUUGCCUACACCUUUUUGUUUGGUCGAUGAUAUGGUGAAAUGGAACCUGGCUGGGAUGGUUCUGUUUCUCCGAGGGACUUUUGUUAUCUGUGGUCUUCCUUCUCCAGCGUGGGCAGAGGGGCGCCAGAGACUGCGGGUUUCGCUUCAGGAUCUCAGGGUAAAAUGUGUAGCUGUUCGAUUGAUUGUUUGCUUCACUCCAUUGAGCGUUGUUCGUCAAUAAUAAUUUAUUGGAGUAGUCCUUGCUA